ACUUGAGCAACUCGGAGUUCAUUUUCUGGAUAGUUUGAUUUUUCAUACUCAGCCGGCGUUGGCCAGACAGGUAUUCUUCUGUUCAAACAAUUCAAAACUAAAACUGGGUGCACUAAGAGCAAUUUGGUAAGGAGACUGUUCGAAACAGUGGAAACUUCCCUCUUCGGCUCUCGUCUUGGUCACACAGAGAAGCUCAAUUAAAUCAGCAGAAUGAUUGCUUUGGUUUCAUUCAUCCUGGCACUUCUGGCCCCACAAGCCAGUGCAGUCAUUGGAGGAGAUCUUAACUGUACAUCUUACAACGGAACUGCUUUUGUCUGGAACGCAGCUGCCACUGCAUGCAGCAAUGUCAUCUCCGAUUCAUCCUGCGCAGUUCUGUACCCUGCCCCAGUUGCAGCUGACGGAUAUCCAUCACCAGGAAGAGAUCAGCAGAGACCAUUGGCUUGUUAUACGACUGCUACCGCGACUCCAGCUGCUGUAGUUCAAGACAUGAAGAAUGCAGCUCAGAGCACAUGCCCAAGAACUUGCGGAUUAUGUUGUCAGACUUCUGGUUACAACUGCCCAAAUGUUGCAUAUCCACGUCUCAACUGUGGCACCAUCACCGCCUCCCAAUGUCUGUCACCGGUUUGGAGACCAAUUAUCGCUGCGGACUGUCCAUCUGCCUGCGGAUUCUGCAAUGAGGGAGGAUGCGUUGAUGCUAUUCCCGACUGUGCAAAUGACAUAAGAAUUUGCACCGCCGCUGGACUCGAAACCUUUGUGGCCACCUACUGCCAGAGAACCUGUGGAAAAUGUGCAUCUUCAACAACUACCCGAUCAUCUGCUUCUACUGGAACCUGUUCUUCUUUCAUCGCUGAUACCAGUCCAUCAUGUGCUGCCUGGGCUGGAAAGAACUUCUGCACCAACACUUUCUACACUCUCGCACAGAGAAGACAAUACUGUGCGACUACUUGCAGAAUCUGCUGA